AUGAUAAGAUAUGGUGUUAAUCAUAUAAGCGAGAUUUCUGCAUCUGAAAUAAUUCCCAAUCUCAAUAUAUCCGCAUUGGUCUAGUACCAGAUAGCUACUAAUUCAAUCUUUUACAAUUAAUCCUAUGCUGAUAGCUUUGCAAAUUUUAUCUCCUAUCAUUGCUUUGUCUUUUUACCAGAUUACAGGUCAAUCAAAAUCAGUACUAAAUUUCAAAAUAAUAUCUUAAAAGAGAGACAUUAUUAAAGCAAUAAGACUUAUCAAACACUCAUAAUCUAGUUUUAUUUUGAAGUUGCCCAAAAUGAUUUGUAUAAAGAUACUGAAUUUAGUGAAAUUUUCCUUCGUUGCUCAAUAGAUGUUGAUGAAUUCCUCAAAAUUGACUAAAGAUUAAUGCCUCCAGAUGCCAGGAUAUUUGAAAUGAUGAAAGUAAAUUUCAAUGAAUACUAUUAUGACGCUGAGAAAUACGAAGUUGAGAAAGCAGAAUAAAAGAUAGUAUCUUUUGAAAGUGGAACCUCUGGAGUAUUUGAAAUUGAUUAUCUUAUGUUAAAUAGUACAGAUUCAAUAGCUUAGAUUAGUCCAGAAUAUGAAUGGGAAACAUAUCCUAAGAUUGUAUUAUAAACUAGCUAUGGAGAAAAUGUAACAAACAAUGGUUUUUAGUUGACAUUCAAGAGAAGCUAAAAUAUGGUCGAUGUUAUCAAGAUAACUCCUUAUAGUUUAAGUAAAGGUCUUUAGCAGGUUGGGGGCUAUUUGUCUCUCUUGCUUUUUCUUAUCAUAAUAAUCAGAUUUGCUCAUUAGCACUGCUUUAAUCGACAAUUGAAAAAAUAUUUAGAAACAGAGAUGGUGAAUUAAAGUGAUUUAAAUAAAAAAUAGGACAUUUAGAGUGUCUAUAGCUAUGAAAACUUUCUUAAGAUGGCUUAAAAAUUAUAAGAUAACGAGACUUAAUUAAACACACUUCAAAUGGAGAAAUAGGUAAUGUAGGAAUAGAUUGAACAGAUAUAAGGAAAAUUAGGAAUAAGUUAAAGACCGAUUUCUUUAAUGCCUUCAAUUAAUAGCAACUAGAACAAGUAUUACUUAGAUACCAUAUAUUAGAAUGAUAGACAAUUAUCAGAAGUUGAAGAUUUAAACCGCUUACUUAUGGAUAAGCAAACAAUCAAUAAUAAAGAUUAUAAAAAAUAUAUUUAGAAUAAAAGAAAUUCCUCAAUCUAGUGA